CGCGGCACUGCAAGCUGCAACAGGAAGGUCGGCUUGGGACCUGCGUGCCGGCAGGGAUGGCCGACAGGAGCCAGGACCGGAGCCUGCGGGAGGAGCUGACCUGUGUCAUCUGCUGCGACCUCUUCGUGGAGCCCGUCAUGCUGGACUGCAUGCACCACUUCUGCAAGGCCUGCAUCCAGGGCUACUGGGAGAGCUGUGCCCACGUCCCCACCUGCCCCCAGUGCCGCCGAGAGUUCCCCAGCAGGGCUUUCCGCACGCACUACCUGCUGUCGGGGCUGGUGGAGAAGGUGCGGCGCUGCGGCUCCGCAGAGCAACGGCACAAGAUGCAGAAGCACCUGGAAGAGGCUUUGGAAGCUCGUCAGAAGGAGAUGGAGAACUUCUUGCGGAGGAAGCGUGCAACACAGGAAGAUAUCUGUGGCCUAACGAAGGUGUCCGGGGAGCUGAACUUCAAGAUCCGUGCAGAGUUUGCCCGGCUGCAUCAGAUCCUGGAGGAAGAGGAGAGAGCUGUGCUGGCGGAGCUGGGCCAAGAGGAGGAGCGGUCCCUGGCCCGUCUGCACGGGGACGUCCACCGGCUGGAGGAGGGGGUGUCGGUGCUGCAGAGGGACAUAGAGCACAUAGAGCAGACCCUGGGCAAGGUGGAAGAGGUGUCCUUGCUGGAGGUGGAGAGCCUGGAUAUCAGGCCCUCGGUGCGUGUUGAGACCCAGCCCGCCUUCGACCUGGAGCACUACAGGGACAGCCGCAGCGGCCCCUUGCAGUACAUCUUCUGGAGACAGAUGCUGCGCUCCAUCUGCCCCGCUCCUGCCCCGCUCACCUUCGACCCCGAGUCAGCCCACCCCAACCUGGUCUUCUCCAGAGACCUGACAGCAGUGACGGAGAGGAGUCGAGCACAGCCUGUCCCCAGCAGCCCCCGGCGCUUCCGUCAGUGCGUCAAUGUCCUGAGCUCACAGACCUUCGACAGCGGCCGGCACUACUGGGAGGUCUGGGUGGGCAGCAAAACCAAGUGGGACCUGGGGGUGGCCUCUGAAGCUGUGGACCGGGCAGCGAAGGUGAAGUUGUGCCCAGAGAACGGCUACUGGACACUUCGCCUGAGGAACAGGACGGAGUACUGGGCCACUGCCACCCCCUGGGUGCGCCUGACUCCCCGCCGGCCCCCCCGGAAAGUGGGGGUCUUCCUGGACUGCCAGGAGGGCACCGUCACCUUCUUCGAUGCUGGGGACAUGUCCCACCUCUUCACCUUCCACCAGGUCUCGGCAGAGAGAUACUGCCCCUUCUUCAGCACCUGCUUCAGCGAUGGGAGGGCCAACAUAGAACCCAUGCGCCUCUGCCACCUGGCCCUGUGAGGGACAAGGAGGAGGAGGGGUGCUUUGGGGACACCAGCCUGGUUCCUUGUCUCAGCCAGCUGGGGCCACGCUGGAGGCCAGUUCUGCACACACAGGCCUGGUGGGUGUUGGAGGGGCUGUUCUGGUUUCAGUUUUGGAAGGAAGGAAGGGGAUGAGUCUCAUCCCAGCUGUUGUCUUUCCCCUCACUUCUCCAUGCCAUGGGGUGCUGGUGGCACUCUGUGUUCCUGGGGGUGCUUGGCAUCCCUUGAAGAACAACCCUCUGUGCCUGAGCGUUCCACAAUUCAAUAAGGGUGGGCACAGGGCUGGGGUGGAGAUGGCUGUAGGCUGCCUGCACCUCCUGUCCUUUCAUGCUGCCACCCAUAAACCCUGUGGAGGAGGGUAGUGGUCCUGGAGCACCGUGAGGUGUCUCUCGAUGCCCAACUCUGCGUCCCAGCAGGGUGGGCUUUGUUUGCUGGAAGAGCUCCGUGGGGAAGGGGCUUCGUUUGCUGGAAGAGCUCCGUGGGGAAGGGGCUUCGUUUGCUGGAAGAGCUCCGUGGGGAAGGGCUCCGGGCCGGCGGCAGAGGGAGCUCGGUGCACAGCGUGGGCCCCACGGCAGCCCAGGGCCACGGCGCGGCCUCCUUUCUCCUCACUCACUAUUAAAGCUCAUUAGAAAG